CCUGGCAUUAUGGAGCUGAUUCUGCUAAAGCAAUAACCUGCAGGACGAAGCGGCUGGAGCGCUGACACGACAUGAACUUGGACGUCCUGAAGGAGAAGGAGCUUCCAGAGAUCUUCAGCUGGACUGGAGCUUACAGCGUAGCGGCAAAAUAAAGCAAGCUCGCCUCAUCAUGGAGCCAGAGAGCGCUCUCAGACACAAAAACAGCUAUUCACAGCACGCAGACACCGAGCUGUUCUCGUCUGAGGAGGACAGCAGUCUCUACUUCACCUACAGCGGCGACGCCAACCAGCUGGAGGUCACCAACCUGCGCUACGAGGUGGACACGGCGGCUCAGAUCCCCUGGUACGAGAAGCUGUCCGAGUUCAAGUUGCCCUGGGAGCUGAAAGGCGACAAGCAGACGGCCAUCAACAACCUGAGCCUGCGCGUCCGCAGCGGACAGAUGCUGGCCGUCAUCGGCAGCUCAGGCUGCGGGAAGACGUCCUUGCUGGAUAUCAUCACAUGUCGGGACGAGGGCGGCACGAUGACCGCCGGCCAGGUCCUGAUCAACGGGAAGCCCAACACGCCGCAGCUGGUGAAGAGGAGCGUCGCUCACGUGCGGCAGGACGACCGGCUCCUUCCCCACCUCACCGUGCGGGAGACGCUCAGCUUCGUGGCCAAACUCAGACUCCCCACUCACUUCACACAGGCCCAGAGGGACCAGAGGGUGGACGAUGUGAUCGCAGAGCUGCGGCUGAGGCAGUGUGCGCACACCAGGGUGGGAAACGACUACGUGAGGGGAGUCUCUGGAGGAGAGAGGAGGAGAGUCAGCAUAGCUGUGCAGCUUCUCUGGAACCCCGGUAUCUUAAUCCUGGACGAGCCCACCUCAGGUCUGGACAGCUUCACAGCCCACAACCUGGUCAUCACCCUGUCCCGCCUCGCCAAGGGCAACCGCCUCAUCCUGCUGUCGGUCCACCAGCCUCGCUCAGACAUCUUCCAGCUCUUUGACCUCGUGGUGCUGCUAUCUUCAGGCUCGGCGGUGUACUUUGGUGCAGCUCGCGACAUGGUUCCCUAUUUCACUGCCCUCGGGUACCCCUGCCCACGGUACUGCAAUCCCUCCGACUUCUAUGUGGAUCUGAUCAGCAUAGACCGCCGCAGUCCUGAGCUGGAGGCUGAGUGUCUGGAGCGGUCCAGGCUUUUAUCUGUGCAGUUCAAGGAAAAGGUUCAAAACACGGACGACCACAUGUGGAAACCUGCUGAAUCCAGUGCGGCCCAUACAGAGAGCCCUCAGCAGCCAAGCAGAAGCAGAGAGGAAGUCGUCACUGUUUCUAAGGAAAGCAACAAGCUGCCUGGAGAUCUGCAGCAGUUUACCACCCUCAUCAGGCGGCACAUGUACAAUGACUUCAGAGACCUGGUCUCCUUGUUGGUCCGUGGCUUCGAGGCGCUGCUCAUGUCGCUGCUGGUGGGCUUUCUGUACUACGGGGCCGGCGAGGAGCGGCUCAACAUCCAAGACACGGUGGCCCUCCUCUACAUGAUCGGGGCCCUCACGCCGUUCGCUGUGGUGCUGGACGUCAUAGCUAAAUGUCACACGGAGAGGGCCAUGCUCUACCACGAGCUGGAGGACGGCAUGUACUCCGUCACCUCGUACUUCUUUGCCAAGGUCUUGGGCGAGCUACCGGAGCACUGCGUGUUCACCCUGGUCUACGGUCUGCCCAUCUACUGGCUGGCCGGCCUGAACGAGGCGCCGGACCGCUUCCUGCUCUUCUUCCUGCUGGUGUGGCUGAUGGUCUACGGCAGCCGAGCCAUGGCUCUGUUCGUGGCCGCCGCGCUGCCCACCCUGCAGACCUCGGCCUUCAUGGGCAACGCCUUGUUCACGGUCUUCUACCUGACCGGAGGCUUCGUCAUCAGCCUGGAGAACAUGUGGCUGGUGGCCUCGUGGCUCUCCUACGCCUCCUUCAUGCGCUGGGGCUUCGAUGGCAUGCUGCAGGUGCAGUUCAGGGACAACAAGUACCCGGUGACAGUGGGCAACUUCACGUUCAACGUCGACGGCAUACACGUGGUGGAGGCCAUGAAACUGAACCAGUACCCCCUGUUCUCCUGCUACCUGGUGCUGGUGGCAGUGUGCUUCGGCUUCAUGGUGCUCUAUUACGUCAGCCUGAAGUUCAUCAAACAGAAGUCCAGCCAGGACUGGUGAAAACCAGGAGAUCACACUUCCACACACACAGUCUUUUCUUUUAAAUCGACUUUGCAAAGUGUUUUUUUUUAUGUAAAGGUGGACGGAUGUUCGACUGGUUCGACAGAACGUUGUGGGUUAUACUGUUCUUAUUGUCAUGUCUGGGUGCUGAAGUCGAGAGAAAAGCUAAAUAAACUCUUCAGAAUAAUUUGUAACUUCAAAAAGAGAGCGAGCCGUUUAAUAUCUUGAAUCUGAUUGGGUAUGGGAAAUUGGCCGGUAUUUGAGUAACUUCAUUUCUUGCUGUGAGAUAAAUGAGUUGUUUCUGUACCGCUGUGUGCUGCUGGAUGGCAGCAGAGUACCGCAACAACAUCCAGAUUAUUAUUUUUUUUCUCCCCUUUUUGGAGCGCUACCCUGGCAGAUUUCCAUCUGCAGCUUUUGCUUGUUCCAUUUUCAGCCUCUUUUUUUUUUUUCCUCCCCAAAAGCUUCAUUUGUUGUUUUUUGGUUGUUUAUGGGAGAUUUUAAAGCUUACUGUAACAAUGUGUGUUGGAAUGUAGAGCAGUAAAAAAAACAAAAAAACAAAGUCGAGUGCAGAAUUACUAAGUCGCACACUCAGAAACAAACUAUAAAACUUGCACUCGUAUGGUUGCUGUUAUGUAAGGUGAAUGUUUUUGCGCUGGUGCAAAGGCUAAAUCGUUGGCCGUUAAACCAACACUAUAGUUUGAGGCCAAAUUAAAAAUGAAAUCACAUUGCUUAA